AUGCAUAUGUAACAUAAGAUGGGAGCAGAAACAGAAUUGAUUAGAGGAUUAGUGUUGGAUCAUGGAGCAAAGACAUCCAGAUAUGCCAAAGUUUGUAAAGAAAUGUUAUAUCUUAAAUUUGAAUGUCUCAUUGGAAUACGAGAAGACUGAAGUUCACAGCGGAUUCUUCUAUAAUACAGCUGAAGACAGAGAGAAAUUAGCUAGAUCUGAAAGAAAAUUGACAGAUGACAAAUGUCAAUAAAUUAUUGAUUUCAAGAGAAAGGUUUGUGAGAAGAAUGGCUAUGGAUUUGCAGUUAUCAAUUAAAAAGGAAUUGAUCCGGUCUGUUUAGAAAUGUUUGCCAAAGAAGGCAUUGUCGGUAUCAGAAGAGCAAAAAAGAGAAAUAUGGAAAGAAUUGCAAAGGCCUGUGGUGGUAAUUCAGUCAAUGCAGUUGAAGAUAUGUCAGAAAGUGACCUCGGAUACUGUGAAGUGUUAAGAGAGUAUACCUUAGGAGAAGAGAAAUAUACAUUUAUUGAAGGAGUGUAAAAUCCUACAUCAUGCACAAUUUUAAUUAGAGGACCAAAUGAACAUACUAUUGCCUAAAUCAAGGAUGCUAUUAGAGAUGGAUUAAGAGCUGUUAAAAAUGCUGUUGAAGAUAAGUGUGUUAUUCCUGGAGCUGGUGCCUUUGAAAUUGCCACCAGUGUUCAUCUUUAAAAGUUUAAGGAUUCUGUUGCUGGAAAGGCUAAAUUGGGAGUCUAAGCAUUUGCUGAAUCAUUAUUAGUUAUUCCAAAAGCCCUUGCAGAGAAUUGUGGAUAUGAUGUUUAAGAAACACUCCUUUUGGUUACUGAUGAAUUCAUUAAAAAUAAUAUUCCUGUUGGUGUCAAUGUUAAUGAACAAGGCUUCAUUGCUCCCAUUGCUAAUGGCAUUUUCGAUAAUUAUUGUUCUAAAAGAUCAUGGUUGAACAUUGCUCCUACAUUGGCUUAAUAAUUAUUAUUGGUUGAUGAGAUUAUGAGAGCAGGAAAGUAAGCAGGUGGUGCUCAAUAAUGAAAGAAUGAUAUUGUUAUGUUAAAUUAUUAAAAAAUUAAG